AUAAUAUAAAAGCGAGUAACCCGGCCCAUAACUCUCUUUAGCCGCACUUCCUGCUUGCUAAGUAGAACAUACAAUUCAUUUUUCUUUUCUCUCUAAAACAGUUUUUGCCCAUCUUUCAAACUCCUCCGCCAAAAAAAAACCUCCUUUCCUUCUCAUUAGGGUUUCCUUUGAAAAAGAAAGUAUUGAUUGAUAUGUUGUAGUAUUUCUAGAUCUGAAACGAAGCUAUGCAAUCAGAUUAUGAAAUGGGUGGGAUCCAUCAAGAGUGUGAAGAUGAGCCUAGAUUCAUGGUGGAAAAUAAUGCUUCCACUUCUUCCCCAUUUUACCCAAACUAUCACUUCCCUCCGACGUCUCAUCCUAUUCUCCAACAAAUCCACAGUUUACCGAUUACUCAACAUUUUUUCCCUUAUCAACAUGCUCAUUACAGAUCUAUGUCAGAAGAAAUAAGAGUAGAUCAGUCUCAGACGGCGGAGUUAGUGGCUUUUCCUGCAAGUGAAAUAAGAGGAGGACAAGAAGAUGCUUUGAUUCGUGGGAGUGAGCGAUACUGUACACAGCCUCGACAAACUUGUGUAGCUGUUUGGCAAAACCAAGAAGAUUCUGCUAUGAAACAACCUGUUUGGAAAGGAGAAUAUUCAAAUGGAAAUGCAAUUGAGAAAAACAAACAAGAAGAAGAUGAGGAAUUGUAUAGUUUAGAAGAAACUAAUAAACGUAGAGUAGUAUUCGGAGAGUUAGAAGCUAUUUGUAUUCGUGGAAUUGCAUCUGAAUCUGCUGAUAAUUUGCCAACCAACCACAAUGUCACUUUUCCUGAAUUGGCUCUCAAUGAAGCCAUGGUUAACAAAAUGGAUAAUACUAUGGGUAAAUUUCAUAAAAGGAAGAGAGGGAAAGAUGAAUGGGGAAGAUUUUUCAAGUCAUUAGUGAAGAAACUGGCGAACCACCAAGAAGAUCUACAAAGAAGUUUGAUGGAAACAAUGGAGUGAUUAGAUCAAGAAAGAAAAGAAAGAGAAGAAUUAUGGAGAGAGAAAGAAUUAGAAAAACUCCAAAAUGAAGAAGCUGCUAGAGCCCAUGAAAGAAGAUUGGCUUCAACUAGAGAAGCUGCUCUUGUUUCUUGCUUAGAAAAACUCACAGGUCAGAAAAUUGAUUUUCAAACAUUCAAAAUAAAGGAAGACGAAACCUGAGAUAACAAGUAAGUAUGGAAAGAAAUAAGUAAGUCAAUCAAUGUCUGCAAUGGGAUAUUAUGAGCCGCAAAGAGAAGUGAUGCACAAGUGUAGUCUCAAGAAAAGAUCACAAGGGAACAGUUGAGAAUAGUUGUACUCAAGGAAAUGAUACUAAUAUUGAUGGCGAUGAAAACAGACGUAACAAACAACAACAAUGAGUGAUAAGCUAUAAGAACAUCACUGCUUACUUUCUUCUUUAUUAUUGUUUAUUUUCUCAUUUCUUUUUCAUGUAUUUGUUUUGUUCAUCCUGUCAUUUCCUUUUCUUCCAACAAUGAUAUCAGUUCCCAUGUCGUUUUUCAUACUA